AUGGCGACCCUCCCAGGUGCAAACAGUCUGAGAAUCCUAUCUAUUGAUGGAGGCGGCGUCAAAGGCUACACUGCACUGCUCAUACUGAGAAGAAUCUGUCAUGCCAUGAGGGUAGAGGCCAAGAAGGAGGGUAUCGAUCUCGCUGAUGAACCCAAGCCUUGCGAGGUCUUUGAUCUCAUUGUGGGCACAUCGACUGGGGGUCUAAUCGCCGUCAUGCUUGGUAGGCUCCACAUGACUGUUGACGAAUGCAUCCAACAGUACGAAGCUCUGAGCUCGCGUAUCUUCGGGAAACGGCAGCUGGGUGGUCAGGUCGGAAGACUUGCCAAAGGAAUGCUCCACACGCCAUUCUAUGACACCGAUACUCUGCAAGCAGCUAUCAAAUCAGUGUUAGAGCAGCAAAAAGUGAAUGUUCAGGAAGAUUUCAAAGAGGAAGCGCCAACAUCCGCGCAUGACGUUCUGCGGAAUUACGAAUCCGAAAAUCCAACGCAGGUGAACUACAAAUGCACGAUAUGGGAAGCGGCAAGCGCCACGGCAGCAGCCCCCUUGUUCUUCAGAGCCGUCAAGUUCAAGACGGGUGGAGAAAUCUGGUGCGAUGGAGGACUACGCCGCAACAAUCCUGUCAACGUAGCCCUCGAACAACUCGGACUCGAGGCUGAGUGGAAGGAUAAGCCAAUCGGGUGUGUGCUCAGCCUUGGAACCGGCGCUCCCCUUAUCAACGAAGUUUCCAAUAAUCUUGCGAAAUGCCUCAAAGGCUGCGUCGCCAUGAUGACCGACUCCGAGGACACCGCCGACGCAUUUGCUAGAUCGACCCUCGGUCAAGAUCUAGCCAACUCUCAGCGGUACUUCCGUUUCAGUGUCGCCCAAGGCAUGGAGUAUUUGCAAAUGGAUGAAUUUAAAGAGACAGAGAAGAUGAAUGCUUUGACAAGUCGUUACCUUAGCAAGAUCGGAAACGGGCAGAAAAAGGUUGAAGAUAAGCCGUCGCUUCUGCCGUAUCGUCAUUGCCUUCACUUUGUCGACCGAGUGACGUACACGGCAGAGCUUCAUCGAUUUUUCGAUAAAAGUGUUGCCGGUCAACAGAAGUUCGUACUCUGGGGUCCUGGGGGUAUUGGGGACCCAAGUUCGUGGCUUCUUGUACUGGACAAUGCCGACGAUUACAAUCUGUUUGUUGAGAAAACUGGGGCGGGAAAUGCGAUUAACAGCUACGUUCCUAAAGAAGGUCGAGUCCUCAUCACGACACGAGACCCUCGAUUCCGUGGUACGGUGGCUGCUGCCAAAGAUGGCUUGCAUGUCGAAACAAUGGACACAAGCGAAGCCAGAGAUCUGUUCACGAAAUCAAUCCCGCCCCAUCUUGCCAGCCAAAGCUCCUCAGCUAUGGUGGACGAACUGUUGGUAUUACUCGGCAACCUGCCGCUAGCUUUAGCUCAAGCUGCCGCCAACGUCACUGACCAGCAGCGUCCAGUGCAUGAGUACAUCGCUGCUUAUCGCGACAAACGAAACAGAAUAUCGCUAAUGGCGCAAUCUGUGAUGGACGUGGGGACAGAGGACUCCAGGACAAGUCGCCAAUCCAUACUAGUGACCUACGAAAUAUCGUUCGAAGACCUUGAACGCGAUCACCAGUUAUCCGCUCGCUGUCUCAAUUACUUCGGAUUUUUCCAUUGGCAGAAGAUACCAGUAUCUUUCAUCCGCGCUCUGCCCGAACUCGCAGAACUUGACGACCAGUCUUUCCGUGACACGAUAAAGCAUCUUCUUCAUUUGUCUCUGAUAGAGGAAAUUUCGUAUCACGACGGCAGCGAGUACUCUGUUCACCCUAUCAUCCACGAGAGGAUCUCAAAUCGACUGUCUCCCGAAGACAAGAGGUCUUAUUUGAGCGACAGUGUCGCAGUCAUAUUGUCUAAAUUUCCGGACUGGGGAUUGGAUGAUUGGCGCAAGCAUACCGCAACGUUGCGAUACUUGCAAUCGCACGCAUUGCUACAAGUCAACUUCGCCACAGAAAAUAAUCUGAAGAGUGAAGCUCUAGCUCUUCUAAAUGUGCGCUGCGCUGUAUUUCUGAGGGUUUCCGGUAUGACGUUUGACAGCGUACAACUAGCUACACAAGCUGUCGCGAUAGCGCAAGACAUUUGCGGCCCUUACCAUUGGCUAGCCAUUGAUGCCUGGGUCGAAAAAAUUCAAUGUCUAGUUGCGGAUAGUCACUUUCGAGAGGGAUAUAAUGAGUCGAAAUUUGCUAUGGAAAGAUUAGACUCUGCCAAAUUAAACAAUGAAGCCAUGAGCGAUGAAGAAUAUCUGGAAUUACGCGCGGACGUACUGCAAGUGAAGCGCAUCGCUUGCGAGCGCCUCGGUGAGUAUAAAGAAGGGGAAGAGACUGCAAAUGAGCUUAUCCCCCUCGAAUACCGUUAUAGCCUUAGCGUUUUUCUAUUCAAGCAGGGAAAGUUUCAAGAAGCUCAGAAAAUGAACAACGAAUUGCUCAUUUCAAUGGAUGAGCAACAGCGAACGGCACACAAGACGGUUUUCUUGACUACCUAUGCCCUAAAAGCAGGGAUUCUGAGCGGUAUGCGACGAGGAUCAGAGUUCGAGCCAGCUGUGAUCUUAGACCAUGACAAAGAAAGAGCCAUACUUCAAAUCUUCCGGCAUGUAUUCGAAAAACACUGGGAUCUAUUCCUGAUUACAGACCAAGUUGUUUGGACAAGUUGUAACAAUCUUCUGGGUGAGCUGAGCCAGAAAGGCGAGACGCCAGAAGCGAAGGGUAUCUUGAUGAGAAUAAUGACCGGAGCCGUUGAGUCAGGGUUCCGCUUGGAAGGCCGCAUGGUGCAGAAAUUCAGCACGACUCUGAUGUACGGACUGGAAGUGAUAGAUUCGCUUCAUGGGACUGAAGAUGCUCGCCAACAACCGCCAGGACUACCGAUCGCAAAUCUCUUUGUCCAGAUGAUAGAGCUGGCCGGCACUGCAUUGAGAAGGCACUGGCGUGCUUCCCGUCUAAUAUACUACUUUGCUAUCCUUCUGUCACGCCUUGGCGACUCGCACAGAGCAGAGGAGUUACUCUGCGAAGCAUUGCAAGACAACAGGUUGGAGGAAGAUAAAUCGAUGAAAGGACCGAUUCACUACAACCUCAUGUUGGCGAUUGCACUACAGGGACGCAUAGACGAUGCGAGGCGCUAUAAGAAUACCCAUCUCGGUCUCAUUGUCCCCGAAGAGUCUGAACACGGCAACUUGGAGCAGCGAUUGCGGGAGUUUAGGGAUGAGAAAAAACUUCACGACAAGGCAAAAGGCAUACUCGCUGCUCGAAACAGCAAGGUGCCGGAAAGUUGGUGGACUGAGAACAGGGUAGCGCUGAACAGAGCUCAGCUUCACUACGGUCUUCUGGUACCUGCGACGGCUGGAGAGGAUCGAGGUCCAUAUGGAGGUGCGUCGGAAACGGCAGAGAAAAAGCGAAAGCAAAAAUCUUGA